UCGCCUGGUCCCCAAGUCUCCAGGCCCCCGCCCCCCGCGGGCCCGCUGCACUGUGGGUAGGCGGCGGCGGCCGCCGCACAGAGGAUCCCGCGGCCGCGGAGCGAGGCUGCGCGCGCCGAACAUGGCUGAGAAGCAGAAGCACGACGGGCGGGUGAAGAUCGGCCACUACGUGCUGGGCGACACGCUGGGCGUCGGCACCUUCGGCAAAGUGAAGAUUGGAGAGCAUCAAUUGACAGGCCAUAAAGUGGCAGUUAAAAUUUUAAAUAGACAGAAGAUUCGCAGUUUAGAUGUUGUUGGAAAAAUAAAACGAGAAAUUCAAAAUCUAAAACUCUUUCGUCAUCCUCAUAUUAUCAAACUGUAAGUAUUUCUGCACCUGAUUACAUGAGAGAAACUGUCUCAAAAUAUCAUAUUUGAAUUUAUAAAUAAUUAUCUAUUUUUAGUUAAACUUUUGUAAAUAUACAGUUUUUCAUAUUUACAUUUAACAAAUGUAAUUCAUUUAACCUCAUUAUCCUUUUUUGCAUGCUUCUGGUUUAGAAUUAAAAGUCUAAUUGUAAAUUGACUCUUAUCUCUAGUAUUCAUGUUGAAGGUAAUUUAGGACUUUGCUAUUUCUAGAUUUAUUUUAUAAUUGUUUUCUAGUCACUUUUAAUGAACAGGGUAUUUUCUUUUUGGAAAAGGUAGAAAGUAACUGUUAAAGAUUAUCUGCCAUUAUAUUAUUUGCAAAACUUCCAUCAUUAAUUACUGAUAGUAAAGUCCUUAGAAAGGCAAGUUAAUUUUUUUUUUUUUUUUGGAUAAAGCAAGUUACAAACUUAGAAGAUAAUAAAUUAAGAGUUUAAUAAAUAAGUAAUUAAUUGAAAGGUAAUUAAUUUAACAUCAUCUAGACCCAUAGAAAAUUUAGACAUUAAGUAUGCAGCAUUAUUCUUUUACAUCAUUUGAAGUUGUGUUUAAAGUGGCUGAAAUACCUCAGUUGGGAGAGCGUUAGACUGAAGGUGUGUUUAAUAUUAAUUGUGAAAAUGUAAUAUGCUAAAACACUGAAGACUGUCUUUAUUUUUUAUCUUAAAGCUUGGACAGAGUUUAAUAAAGUAAAUAUUAAUCUUAUUGAGUGACUGAUAAUGGCUAGAAACUGUAUUGAGCAUUUUACAUAUAUAAUUUCACUUCCUCCUCUCAGUAAGUGUAUAAGGGAUAUUAUUAUCUUCAUUAUACAGAUAAGAAAAUCACAUGUUUAAAGAGUAUCAGCAACUUGACCAAGGUCAAAUAGCUAGUAAGUUGCAGAGCUAGUUGUUAACUUCAUAUCUUAUUUCAAAUGUCAUGCUAUUAACCUCUAUUCCAGGACUGAAAAAUCUGAGAAGAAAAGCAGUAUUAAUAUCUUUGAGACUUUGCUAGUUAGUUUUCAGUUCAGUUCAGUUCAGUCACUCAGUCGUGUCCGACUCUUUGCGACCCUAUGAACCGCAGCACACCAGGCCUCCCUGUCCAUCACCAACUCCCGGAGUUCACUCAG